CAACUUUUCCCAGUGAUCUUACGGCGACCUGCAGCACAAGGCCAUUGUGAGAACUCACAUCUACUCACCAGAAGAAACAGUAGGAAAUUCCUCGGGAACAACACAGAAACUUCUAAACCACCUACAAGAUGGAUACCUUCCUGAGACUUACCGCUGUUCUUUCAGUUUUGCUGUGUGCGGCUUUUGUUUCCACAACAGUAGUUGACAGUGCACAGACAAAUGAUGAACUCAGCAGACGCUCACUAGCUGACCUUCUGGCCAGCUCCUCGUCCGCCCUCAUCCCGGGUCUGGUACUGUUGGCUCCCGCCAGCACCAUCGUCGAAAUCAUCACUGAGCUGAACGAGACGAUCCAGCACAAAGUACUGAGCGCUCUGUCAGGCUCCCAGAUCCUGCAUUUGGUCCACAGGCUGUCAUCUCAUCAGCGCGAUGAGCUCAUCAGUCACCUGGAGGUCAGCGUCAUCACCGGUGUCGUCCUCCCAUCUCUCAAUGAGAACCAGCUGGCCCGUCUCAUGGAAGCCCUCCUGCCCGAGACCCUUGUGACCUUGACCACGAGGCUGACCCCGCAGCAGGUGCUGGACACCAUCAAGAGGCUGACAGCCCACGAUCUCGUCUCCGUCCUCAAUCUCCUCACUGAUGCUCAAGUGACCGACAUCUUGACUCGACUGCCGCGCGAAGGCGUCCAGGCUCUGGCCACCACCACCGGUGACGCUCGUCUGACUCGACUGGUGGCUGCCCUCCCUGAAGCAUAAGAUG